GUACCGACAAGGCGUAAAGGGAAGACGCUGUGCAUCUAAGGCGUCAUGCUUGUCUCAUCUCUCCGGAGAAUACGCAAACUUCUGUCAGCCGUCGAAAGGGCGUGGAAGCCCACUUGCGGGUGCAUCUUGGCUACGAUGGAAGAGACAUCAUUUGCAGGAAAAAACAACUAAGUUGUAGUACUGGUCAAGCGGGAUUACAUCGCUUCGUCGGCUCGUACAGCCUCGCACUGUCUCCACGGCGACCGGAGUUUGCUGGAAUCGGGUUCCUUUCCACCCUGCAGUUUGUGUCCGAGUCUUUCCCGUUGAAGCUCAUCAAGACUGCUUCCCUCUGGGCAGUCAUGUGACAUUGGCGACAAUCGUAAAUACUGAAAAUCCGCGACGGUGGGGGCGCGUGGUACGAAUUUGUCUCCCAAAGGCGAUGCAGCAGUCUCCAGAAAGUGGCAAGGGUUGAGGAGUGUCGCAUUUUUAAGUUCUGGCAUUCUCGACUCUGCAAAUCCCAAAUUUUACGUUUCCUCAUGAGAUUCUCUCCAGGGGUUUUGCGACACUUCAAGCAGGCGACGGUGUAACGUGGACAGUGCCGUGGCGCCCAUGGCAAGUGGUUUUGCAGAAAACCGAGUCGUCGGCCGUAAAAGCGCUUCGCUAUCGAUAAAAAGUUAAAGUCGCCUCGUAUUGACAAUUUUUAAAAUGGAACUAUGAACCAUACUGUUGCGAGACUCUCGCAACCCUGUGUCUGCGGUGGUCCAAGCGUGUCCGUUUUUUCAUGUGGCUUCGGAGUGGGCUCACCAGAGUUCACCUGUGUCACACCAUAGAGCAAACCUUGGAGGUUCAGUUUUCUAGCCGGAAAACAAUAAGGAUGAAGUCUUUUAUGUGGAGGUGAUACCGAUGGUGCUGCCGUUGCUAGAUAUCCAUUCGCAACGUGAAAUUCUGCAGUGUGGACCGGCCGUCGCCUGCAAGCAUGUUGUGCUGUCCCGUGUAUGUCACUUUUUCCAUUUUUUCGAGGGCGAAGAAAAUCAUGUGAGCUUGGCCUAUUCUCUGGUCACACUUUGUCUAUUUUACCUACGGUCAGAGACCGGGUCCACCGCAAACAGGGCGACGCCCCUAACCGUCGUUUGCGGUAUAUGCGAUCCCGGUCACUCGUCUGUUUCCUUCACAAUUCAGCAGCGCAGACGACGGGAAAAACGUUUUCGUCAGAACUACCGAGACAACGAGAGCACGGAAAUUAUCGACAGGAAAGGCUGGAACUGUUUGUCCGCAAGAAAUCUGAACUGCAUGUAUCUUCAUCGUGCACAGUCCAGCACUUGAUGCUGUUGAGACAUGUAAAAAAGCCGUGUUAUAUCAUUCACUGCCCUUUCCUCAGAAGGGCCGCUGUUCUCGAUAAGUAGCUCUUCAUAUUUGUUCACAGCGGCGGGAAUGCCCUGUUGGGUCCCAUAAUUCUGGUCCUCUUCUGUGGCGGUGUAGCCAACACAGCCCUCCUGUCACCUCUCUAUACGUAUGCAGCUUUGUGAUUGCAAACCUUCCCUGUCCAGAGGGUUCAUUGUUGAAAAUGGCACACGGGGAUUUCGAGGCUGGCGUCGAUGAUUUUGCACAUGCAGGGCAUGAUCGAGAGAAUGCGCCUUCUCGGUACACUCGCUCUUCCGUGAGGCCAAACGGCUCUGGAUAUUCUUCGCCAAUCUGUCCGGACUGCGUUGCGUGUUCGGUGACAGCAGUGGCUUCGAGCCAAACUUACGGCGCUUUCCUCUCGGGGGGGACUGUUAGGUCAGCAGAGAGAAGUCGUUACAAUACCAGUCGUCUGCUCGACUCCAAGGCUGCCACCAGAGACGGGCGGUGGCCGUUGCUUUCUGACUGCGCAGGCGUCGACCCUUCAGACACCCGCGAGCAGCACCCGUACCACAACUGUUAUUUCGAAGCCACUGAGUCAGCGAGACCCUUCGCCCCGCAGUUCGUUUCCUGGAGUUUUAGGGGUUGGGUUAGGCGCGCGCUGUGGAAGCAGCUCUUCUGGUGGUUUCUGACGCCGCUGCUCUUUCUGUUUUUGUGGCUUGUCUGGUCCGCGGCAACGUCGUUCUAUUUCUCAGAACAGGGGUUGCUAGACUAUGGGAUCGUGAUCGACGCGGGGUCGCAUGGCUCUCGCGUCACAGUUUUCUCGUGGAAAGCGCGCCGCUUCGAUCCUCGACAUCCCCUGACGGGACCGGUCACGAUUCCCCAGCCCGUUUGUGGGGGCAACUCCGCGCCUGCGCUGAGCAGCUUCGCCGACGACUUCCCAGGCGCUAGGAAGGCGUUCAAGUCGAUGCUGGAUGAGUGCCAGGUGUGCUUGGCUCGACGAGGUGUGCCGACGUCUGUCUGGGGAGAAAUUCCGCUUUUCGUGAAGGCUACAGGCGGGAUGCGAAAUCUAAGUCAAGGGACGCGAGAUGCCCUCAUGGCGAGUCUGCGAACGGCCCUGGAAGACCCCUCGGUGAAUCCCUUCAAGUUCGACCCGUCUUGGGCCCGCGUUAUCUCUGGCGAAGAAGAGGGAUUCUACGGCUGGCUAGCCGUCAACAGUGCCUGCGGAAGCCUCUCGGACGACCCCGAGAAAACUGUGGGGGCGCUGGACAUGGGAGGCGCGUCUAUGCAGAUAACCUUUUCUCCGCUGCACACGUCGGUUCUGGAGGACUUCAUUGGCGUCCAUCUUGGCAACAAAUCGAUUCGCCUUUACUCGCACUCCUUCCUCGGCUACGGGUGGUCUGAUGCCUUGAAUCGCGUCAGCACCAUGCUGGGUGUCGAGGCCUUAGUCGAACGCCUUCGAGAAGACCCAGAUUUCAUAGAGAAAGCGGCAUCGAAACCUAUCAUCCUUUCCCGCCGGACUUCCUUGUAUCCGUCGCUGGACUCUGAGCAGCAACGCAGCGGCGAGGUCCAUGCCGGUACGAGGGGAGCUAACCGUCCGGAGAUUCGGGGAAAGAAGCAAGGCCAACGGAGACUCUCCGAAAAGGAAAAUGGGGAGAGAACAGAAAUCACGCUGGCGUCUGUGCAUCCCUGUCUGCCCCGGGGCAGUGUGCGGUCGUUUCAAAUGCCGUCUUUGGCCUACCCAGAGCGCCGGUUUUAUGCCGACAUAGACACCGAUAAAAUCACAACUUUCAUGAAAGCUGCGGCCUACGCAAAAAAUGACAUUCUCAAAACGAUCAAGUCAAUGGCGCCUUACGGUGUCAAAAUGCGUCAUAGCCUACAGGAUAUGCAGCCGCUUUCGAACGGCUCUUCCGACACAGCUCUCCUUGAUUUCAAUGUAAAUGUGCCUGAUUCUGGAACAGCUACGGGCGAACACUUAGAUCAGAAGGUCGCGUUGACUUCAGACGAUGUGCCACGUGACCGAGAACGUGAAACUGGCGGGGAAGCUUUAGCGUCGCCUGCUCCAGGAGACAAGGCGGGAGCGGACGGAAGCAAGGGCAGCAGGUCCAGUAGGCACAGUCGGGGGAAUGACCAGGAAGACGAAAAUGAGAGGAAGAAAGAGCGAGGGAAAUCUAAGGGAGGUGCCGAAGGGCCCAUUGACGAAGAAGAACAGAACACGCCGAACGAUGGUUUUGGCACAGGAAAGCAGGGCGGCGUCGAAGUCACUUUGGAUGUAAAGCCGAAGGCGACAGUCGUGGUCCGAUUUGUCGGAAGUGGCAAUUUCAAAGCUUGCCGAGAAAGAGCGUACAAGCUUUUUCACAACUCCCUCUGCUUCAUCAACAGUUGCUCUUUCAACGGUGUGUACCAACCCCGACUUGAAGACAGCAAGUUCAUCGCAUUCGGACAGUUUAGCAAGGUUCACGCUGCGCUCGGAUUGGUCAACCCGACGUCCCUCUCUGAGUUCCUCACAGCAACCACGGCUGUUUGCGGUCUCCGACUGAAACGUCUUAAGGGGAUGAGGAGACGUGGUUUCUUUCGCGCGUUUGCCGAUAUUUCUCUUCAAAAGUUGUGCUGGAAGGCUAUCUGGAGUUUUGCUGUUCUUCGGCAAGGUUUCGGCUUUCCCCUCGAGUCCUCUCAGAUAUCGUUCGCCUCAGUCAACAGCGCGAGCAGCGAGAGUAGCUGUGUAGCCCCUGGAUGGACACUAGGUUCUAUGAUAAGCGAAGUGAACUUCUUCCCUUGGCAGGCUCCCGUUGAGCAAUAUCACGGUCUCUUCCUUUUGGCAGCAGCUUUUCUCCUCAUGUGUAUCAUCUUGGCUAUGGUUCUUUACCACGAGGUGUCAUUUCUUCGCAAGCGUCUUGAACACGCUGAGAGGGCGGCAGUGCACGACUCGGUUAUCGGCACACCAUGCCCACCCACCUCUGUAUCGUGCCCGAUGCACCUCGCUGAAUCUGCACCCGCCUGAAAUGCAGUUACUUCUAGAGGGGUCCAUAUCCUCCUUACUUGCAGCUGAGGUACUGUUCAUGAUGCGCCAUAUAUAAAGAGGGUUUCCUGACGGUCGGAUUGAUCAACUGAACACCAGGAGGAGUUAUCGUGCGCAACACGGUGGCGCAACAACGCAACUCGAUACAAUGUAGUGUCAGAGAAAAGUAAAUGGAAGUGCCAGUCACAAGAAACUCGUGCUGUCGUCUCAAAAAAGCAUGUCUGGGCGUCGUGUUUUGGGGAGUACACUUUAUUCGGCUAAGCUUUCGGAUUAGCUCCAUCCGAUGCCCCUAGUAUCAGGGGGAACGCAGCGUAAUGUAUCUCAUUCUAUCGGAAAUUCGAGUCAUCGUGUUCUUCCGCGGCAUAUGUGAUUACAUAUCUCUACACGCAUGUACGCACGCUUUUGACAAUGUGACACCUGAACUGUAUUUAUGAUGCUUUGUUGGUGGAGGACCUGCUUCCGGGUACUCCCCUUGUGCGGUUGUGAAGCAUUGGUGAUGUUCCUUGAGAGCCAUCUUCAUGCUAGUGUCCCUCAGGGAGACAUUUUCGAUGCCGAAAUGUGGAAAGUGUAUCAGUGCAUAUUUUUGCGUGUAGAAGUGUCUACGCUGAUAUGCGUAAUCAUCCAUUUUGUCCAGGGAGCAGUUUACACACGACUGCGGAGUGAAUUCGUCUCAAGCUGAGCACUACAUUUUCCGUCAACUGGCAGAGA